UUUGGGGGAGUGAGAAAUCAAGGCGUUCAGUUUGGACUUGCAAAAGAAUUACGAAGAAGUCCUGUCCUGUCCUGUCGUCUCUUACGCGACGGGAUCGGUGGUCAAUCCAUUAGUUAAGGAUUUUCGAUUCUGUCUCUGCUUUCUGUAAGCCCUAACCACCAUGGGAGAUUCAGAUUCUAGUCGACGCUCUGUUCAUCACGCCCUGGGCGGUGGUGCCGUUGCUGAUAUAUUAUUGUGGAAGAAAUGGUAUCCAAGCGCGGCUCUUCUCGUGGGUUCAACUGCCCUGUGGUUCCUCUUAGAGGUCGCUGGAUACAAUCUACUAUCUUUUAUAUCGAAUGUUCUGCUGUUGCUCGUGGUUAUCUUGUUUUGUUGGGCUAAAUCUGCAUCACUUCUAAAUAGACCUUUGCCCCCUCUCCCCAAUCUCGAGCUUUCCGAAGCCACUGUUGCAAAGGCUGCUGAUGAGAUGCGAGUUCAGGUUAAUUAUGCCUUAUCAGUUGCACAUGACAUUGCAAUUGGUGGAAAUUUGAAACUCUUUACACAGGUUACUAUAGGCUUGUGGGUUGUUUCCUACGUUGGCAGUUUCUUCAAUUUUAUUUCACUGGUGUAUUUCUGUACUCUUCUUAGUUUAUCAGUGCCAGUGUUGUAUGACCGCUACCAAAAAACAAUUGAUGAAAAGCUGGGUUUUGUGUGCAAUAUAGCUGCAGAACAAUGCCAUAAAAUCGAUAAUAAGAUACUGCAAAAGAUUCCUUUAUUUUCAAAUGACAAGAAGAUCCAGUAGAUGCGAUGCUCUUUUAUCUGCUCGCUUAGCCGUAUCCCUCUCGAUAUCUGUUGGUUGAAUCACUUCUUACUUUAGAGAAGAUUUGUAAGUCACUUCAUUGGGUUGUUGGAUUCAUUUCCAACUUAUUUUCUUUGCCAAUUUUGUGGAUUUUUUUUUUUUUUUAAUGCACACUGAAUUUUCUGUAUAGAUAACCCGGGAUUGGUGGUGUAAUUUUUUUUGGGUGAAAAUUGACAGGAAAAAUGAGAUGUGUCUUUAAACUUAUAUAUUGAUUUUGAUGUA